GAAAGAAAGAAAACAAAAAUGAUUUCAUUGUUUUUUCCACAGUCUCCUUUGUGCACAGCAGCCAUAGUAUUCUACACAUAUGUGUGCAUUCCUUUUGGGAUGUUGAAGAAGCAAUGUGGAGAUGCUAGACCCCAUGAUGAUGAUGAUGACGGUUACAACCUAACAAGUGUGAUGUUUGGGGAUAAGGAAAAGAAGGAGAAGGAGGAAGAGACAUGCUGCUCAAUAUGCCUUGUGGAUUAUGAAGCUGAGGAUGAGGUGACACAUCUACCGAGAUGCAAUCAUCUGUUCCAUGUACAUUGCAUUGAACCUUGGCUUCUCCGUGGAAGUCUUACUUGCCCUCUUUGUAGAGCUUUUGUAUUCACUCCUACUCCUACUCCUCCUAGCCACAACAAUGUCAUUAAUGUCCACUCCUCUUCCACAUUACAUCUCUCUCUCGUUUCUCUUUUCUUCUUGUUGUUUCUCCAUCAUCUGAUUGAAUACUUGUUGUAGCUUUUAUUCGUUGUUAGCACACCCA